GAGAGAAUGAGAGGAUCAAUGGAGAUUCCGAUUCUCCCACACAAAUUCAUCACUAACAGAACAAACUAAUUUUUUGCCUCAAAAUAAAUAAAAAAAAAGUUGUUAAAUACUUCAACAGAAAAAAAAAUAUUUUCAAGGGUUUUGUUUCUUUCUGAGCUUCUUCAACAAUGGCGACGACAUCAAGGGUUCAUCAUCCGCAAUUCUUCCAUACACUUGUUCCUGGCUUUCACACUCACUUCACGAUUCCUGAAGACUUCUUCUCAAAGUAUGUUGAAGGAAGAAGCGUCGCGGAGGUGAAAUCGGACGUUUCGGAUAGAACCUGGCAAGUGAAGAUGUCUGGUCGGAGAUUUACUGACGGCUGGAAGGAGUUUACGGUGGCUAAUUAUUUUCGAAUCGGAGAUGUUGUCCUUGUUAGAUAUGUUGGGGAUAGUGUGUUUCAUGUUUCUGAUUUAGGACCUAAUCACUCGGAGAUUCAAUACAAUGAUGAGGGUAAACAUUUGUUGAAAAAGCGCUUGCAUCAAGUAGAGUUUUCAUCAAACAAUGGAGAUGUUGAUGAUGAAGAGCUUCCUAGAGAGAAGAGAGCGAGGAAAAAUAGUGAAGGAGCAGAAGAAGUUUCGUCUUCUUCAUCAGCCGACGACAACUCGUGUUUUGUGGCACUUGUCACGGCUUUGAAUCUAAGGACAGAUAAACUGUAUCUUCCACUUCAUUUCACAAGCUCAAAUUGUCUUUCGAGAAAAUGCCGUGAGAUUGUUUUAACAGAUGGGAAGGAAAGAUCAUGGGCAUUGGAUCUGGGGUUCAACGAAUCAUCUGAUACUUUCUACAUAAGCCGAGGAUGGAGAAUUUUCUGUGAUGAAAAUGGUCAAAAAGCUGGAGGAUGCUUUAUGUUUCAACUAGUGGGUAACGAGGAAACGCCUGUGCUCAGUUUCUUUCCUACAGAAUCCAUUAGUGAUAGAAGUGAGGAAGAGAACAUAGCAGAGGAGGGCAGUAAAGACGACUGCAGCUCACCGGAGUCAUUGAUGGAUAUAGAAAAAAGGAAGUAUAUUCUGAAACCAAGAGGUUCACCAUAUUCAUCAUAUUCGCCAUGUCAUAAGCGAUUCAUAAGAUUUACACUACCACCGGAUUAUGUCAAAAUUAGAAAACUGAAUCUUCCAGCACCCUUCGUGAGGGAGAAUGGCAUCAAUAAGCCUGGGGAGAUAUAUCUUUUGGAUAAAGAUGGUAGAAAGUGGUUGACAAAUCUUCUACUGGACAGUAAAGGAACAAUGGCUUUGGGAAAGGGUUGGAAAGAUUUUGUUAAAGCAAACGGCUUAGAGUCGGGCUUCACACUCAAGUUGAUAUGGGAAGAAACAAUUCCUGUGCUUAGUUUGUGCUGUGCAGAAUCUAACAAUGACAGAGAGCUAGAAGAGUUUUUAAAAGCUAUUGAGAAUAACGAGAAGAGCAUGUCGCGGGAGAAAAAGAAGAGUCAUCUGAAAUGGAGAGAUUCAACUCCAUCAAGCCGAAAGCAAUUUGUGACACUAACAAUUACACCUUACAGUGUCGAAAGGAGUGUAUUGCGUCUCUCAAUGAUAUUCACGAGGAUGAAUGAUAUCAAGCCUGGGAUCGUUAUUUUGUUGGGAAAAGACGGUAUAAAGCACCAGACGAAUUUGUUAUUAGACAAGACAAGUGGAAGGUUGGCUUUUGGAAAAGGCUGGAAAGAUUUUGUUAAAGAUAAUGGCUUAAAGACAGGUGACACCUUCACGCUCAAAUUGCUUUGGGAAGAGCAAACUCCUGUGUUCAGCUUGUGUCCUACAGAAUGUAGCAUUGGUAGAGAAGCAACAAACCAGAAAAAGUCUCUUCCCAUCGAACCUAGCACCUGUAAAAAAAUCAACAAAGACAAGAACAUCAAACAUGACAACAGCAAAGAGGAGAGGAGGUCAGUGGAUAGAGAGAGGAAUCAAUCGAGCCAAAAACAAUUAGUUACAUUUACAAUUACACCUUCUAGUGUCAAAAAAUGUAGACUGGUUCUUUCAGCACAAUUUGCGAGGGAUAAUAAUAUUAACAAGCCUGGAACGAUAUAUCUGUUGGAUACGGAUGGUACAAAGUGGCUGACAAAGCUUCAGCGAGACAGCAUAGGUAAAAUGAGUUUGGGAGAAGGCUGGAAAGAGUUUGCUAAAGCAAAUGACUUCAAGCAAGGCGACUCCUUUACGAUGGAAUUAAUACGGGAUGACACAACUCCCAUGCUCAGUCUGUUACGCAAAGAGUUUAGCAGUUCAAAAUCUAACAAGGAAGAGUCGAUUUUCUCAGAACCUAAAAACAGAGAUUCAUCCCCAACAAUCGAAAACAGACUCGUGACAUUAGCACUCACACCUGAAGAUGUUAAGGCCAGUAAACUGAUUCUUCCAAGUCAAUUCAUGAAGGCUAAUGGUAUCAACAGACUUGGGAAGAUAACUCUUUUGAGUGAAAACGGAAUGGAAUGGUCAGGAUAUCUGUUGACAAGUGAUGGAACUGUCGCUUUAGGCUGUGGUUGGAAAGGCUUUUGUGAGGCUAAUGGCGUGCAGUUAGGAGAGCCUUUUACUUUGGAGUUCAUCAAUAAACAAUAUACAACUCCGGUACUUAAGUUCUCUUCUCCGUAGACUAAACACAAAAGAAAAAUUAAUUAGGAAAAGAUAACUUAAACGUUUGUUUGGCUUUAGGUAAACAGAAUAGGAUUGUGAGAAACGUUUAGAUUUGUCCAUUAGUUCCUUAAAUUCUUAGGCUAUAUAUAUAUUACUUACUAAGACAUCAUCCGUAUUGUUCUUAUGUCGAAAUUUUAUCCGGA